UAGUGUGUUUCUCUUUUAGUGGCCUAACACGUGUUCGGUUGAGCAGAUGGCUUGCAGUAGUUUGAAAAUCUUAGGAGCAUCCUGGGGAACCGCUGAUGUCACUGCUAAAAUAUGGAGCAUGGUGAAAAAAAAUAGUCUCUUUGUGAAAGCAGAAAAGGCAACUUUUGGCCCUGACCCUAUGCCUGGCCAUCAUAAGUCUCUUGUUGUGUGCUACUUAGAUGGAUCUCAAGAACCAUGCCUUGCUAUUGCAAAAGAGAAUGAAUCGAUUAAUGUUUCAUUAAAGGCCAGAUAUCAUAAAGAUCAGCUCUCUUCCGAUUGGCAAACGGAGGUUUCGGCAGCGUCUUCUCGCAAUCCUGGUAAGAAAGAAACUAUCACCAUUCUGGGAGCUGUGUGGGGAGUCAAGGAUGUUACGAAGCAUGCUCGAUUGCUUGUUCAAGGCAGUAAAAAGGAGUUUAAGCAGCUUGCAACGAAUAAAGCAUGGGAGGAUGGUUGGCCUCGUGUGGUGAAGACCCUUGUCGUUUUCUAUCAGUACUCUGAAAUUCCGAUGAUGAGUGUUGUUAGGGAGACGGAAACAAUGCAUUUUGUAAUUUCACCACCUCUCUUCAUCCUUGGUGCAGCAUACGGGCUGGAACCGGUGACGCAGCAAGUUCGAGAUCUCGUCAAAAAUCGUCAGCUUGACUUGAUACCUAAUAUGAUUCUCCCAGACAACUGGUUCAGGAACUACAAGAGCUUUGUGAUGGUCUACCAAUUUGGUGAUGAAAAACCUCAGCUGUUUAUUUCCGAUGAAUUCAAGAAGAUCAGCAUCCGCUAUGAGCAAAAGGAGCAAGAAGAAGUGAAAAUCAAUCCCGACCAACUUUUGAUUCUCGGAGCUGCUUAUGGAUUGAAUGAUGUGACGACCAAGGUAAAAUCUUCUGUCUAUGAAAACGAAUUGGUCACUCUUGUCAAUAAUACGUUAUUUGGCGAUGCCAGUUGGAAAUUGUCUUCAAAGACACUGGUUGUUGUCUAUCAAUACGGAAGCAGCCCACCAGUUGUCUCCAUCACUCAGGAGCUCAAAAAAGUCGAAAUAACGAAGAUACUACCACCAACCUAUGGAGGGCUUGUUGACGCAAGAAGCUUGGUGGAUAACAAUGAUAUCAUUUUUCUCCUUGCUGUAAACAGCAAGUACGUGACAUGCAUGCCCAACAGUGACAAGCUUGGAGCUGUUGCCGAAAGUUCUAGCUGCAUUGAAUUCAUAAUCGUGCAGCCUGAUUCUCUUGGACCGUUCUUCCUCAAAACCAAAUCUUCGCAGGUCUGUGCAGUGGAUAAAGAUGGCUACCUUAUCUUGAAGGACGAACAGGAAGCAGCACCUUUGAGUUUAAUGCUAAUGCUCUCAACAACCGGCAAAGUUCAACUUGCUACAACUGACAACAAAUUCGUUCGACUUGCUGAAAACGAUUUUUUGAAAGCAGAUACUACUGAGCAUUUUAGUGCCCUGACAUCUUUUCAGCUGGCAAUCGACUGUUGUGCAAAUCUUCAGCGACUUCCAAGCAAUGAUCAGGAAAGUCCAGAUCUGUGGCUCUCAUUUGUGUGGCAAGUGACCGAGGGAUUUUUUCUGGCACUUGGCCUCGAACCGUUCCUACAUACUUCCUCACCUAGCAUUGGACUGCUCCAUCUGAUCCAAGGCAAUCAAAAUGCCAACAAAGCCAGGCUGACCCUCAGGGAAGAGCUACGACUCACAACAAGUGUGACGAAAGCUGUUAGCUCAGCUAUUCACUUUUUGAAGGUUCUCUGGAAGGAGGGAAUCUUGUGGAAGGUGUUUAAAUUCGUACGACUUCAAGAAGGUGUGAUAAUCUACACUGAAAUCUUCGCUCGCGUAAUCCAAGUCAUACUUCUUCCUGAAGCUGAAGCAACUCUUUUACUUGCUGGCUUUACUACUUGGGCGUUACAGCUGAUCGAUACCAGCAAGAAACUUUAAGAUCUGUAGACUGACGAAACUUAUACCAAUCAUAGUGAUUACUUUAUGAACUUUUAUACAUACAUACACGGUUUUAUAAGGAUUGAUAUAGCUAUACAGUUACAGUUUUAGUUUUGUAAUUAGUGAUUAGUUUAUACAUACACGAUUGAUAUGAUGUGUAUAUAUAUAGCUAGAGUUUUAGCUUUUUUAGUUUUAUGAUCCAGAGUUUACAACAAAAUGUUGGUU